AUGAGUCAUGAUGUUUUAGAGACGUAUCGAGAUUGUCCAUUUUGUUUAAAACUUCUUUAUGAACCAGUAUCAACAUUAUGUGGUCACACAUUUUGUUUAUUAUGUCUAGAACGUUUCAUUUUAACAUCAAACUGUGUAUUACAAUGUCCAAUGUGUCGCGAAGAUUUUACUUAUCUUCGUUCAACUUCUAAUAAUUUAAAAACAAAUUCAAUUCUUCAUAAUCUUUUUCGACAAGAAUAUGAAAAAGAAUAUGAAAUACGACGAAAUGAAAUUGAAAAUGAAAGAAAAAAUAUAAUUAAAAAACGUUUAAUUAUUGGAAAUACUGAUCAUUUAUUAUCAUAUGAGUAUGAUUAUACACGACAUGAAUGGACAUUAUUCAUUAAACUUGAGAAUGAUCAUCAAAAUGAGAUUGGUCAAUUUAUUAAACAGAUUACAAUUAAUUUACAUCCAACAUUUACACCAUCACAAAUUAUUCUUAAUAAACCACCAUUUCAAUUAACAAGAAUUGGACGGGGUGUCUUUACUAUUUCUCUCUCUAUUGAAUUCCAUUCUAAAUGGAACAAAUCCGAUUUAGUAACAAGUUGGCUUUUGUCAUUUUCAAAUACAGAUAAUCGAAAGAUGAUAGAAAUUGAAUUUCAAAAGUCAGCAGAUGAUGCUACAAACAAUUCAUUAUUGUGA